AUGGAUGGGAGCUGGAGUCAGGCUUGCCCAUUCAAGACGCGGCUAUUGGAGGCGGCAAAAACCGACGCAGACCACGAUGACCUCGAAGUCCUUCUGCCUGCUUCACUUCGCAUCCGUGAUGAGAUUACAAUUCCCAGGCUGGAAGAGACGCGAUGGAUAAAAAAAGAACUCGACUUGACGAGGCUCAACCAAAUGUUUGGCUACUUGUGGUUGGCGGGUCGGCCCAUGCCGCCCCGACCGCUUCAUUAUCAAUUGUUGCUCGGGCGCGACAUCAUGAUCACGGAGCAGAUGGACUUGCACCUGGUUUGGACAGGCAGUCGAAUGUUUCUCAAGCCUCUUCCUCGAUUCCUGCUCGAGCCACAGUUGUGGACCCAAUUUCUGUGCUGUAAACAACAGUGCAACUGCAGGGGAACGAACAAGCAGUCAGCGGAGAUUCAAGGAGCCGAGUGCAAGCGGUCGCUCUGGAGAGCCGCUAAUGGUUUCCUCUUCUCUUAUGCGGCGCUGAUCAGCUACGAAAGUGAUUUUCGCAUCGCCCAGGAGAAGAACCUUAUUCCGCCCGAGGUUUCCUGGCUUGCUUGGAGAGCCUUUGUGCGAGAGCUGAAAACAGAGGGUAUCUACGGCAGGGUGGACCCCCGCUUUUUGUAUGGAGAGCUGCGGCUGGGGCGACUGAGCAAAAUCCAUCGAUUAUCGCACUUGUCAUUGCGGGGUUACUCUCAAGCCUGGAAUCAGUACGCGUCCCUUUUCGAGACCAACUUUACUCUCAUCGCCUCGGUCGUUGUAUACGUCGCCUUCAUCCUGGGGGCGAUGCAGACUGGUCUUUCAACAUCAUACGCAGAAAACGAUGCCUUUCAAGCCGCAAGCUGGGGAUUCACAGUCUUUUCUAUAUUAGGACUUGUCAUUGUCACGGUCUUGGUAUUCUUGUUGUUUUUGGCCAUGUUUGCCAGCAAUACAGUGGCAACAUUGUCAUACCGAAAGAAGAGGAUGCGUGAUAUUUCUAAUCAUUCGCAAGGCGUAUCUACAGAGCCUUGA